UUAGUACCGGGUGUGUGGUUUAUUCAGACCCACUUUUCCUAGCUUCACUGCAGUAUUCGAUAAGGGGUGUUUCUGGCAGUAUUCCAAAAAUGUUGACCACGUGAUUGGAUUGAUGCUGGUUCGUGUCAUAUUAAAAUAUACGCACAUUUCUUAACGAUGUGGUGUUGAACUUAAGAGAUGGAAACUGGAACCAAAACAUUAAAGCCUAAACUUGGUGAGAGCCAUGAAGCACUUAUUGAGGCAUCCAUGAAGAAGGAGAUCCUAAAUACUUUGUCAUCGUAUCAAAAUACCAUCAACACGUCUCAGAGCAGAACUCAAAGAAUUCUUAAAAUCCCCUUUUUAGGGAUUCUGUGUGCUUUAAUCUCCGCAUUAUUUUUUGCCACAGCAUCAUUUAUUGUCGCCUUUGUAACCACAGUUGAUCCAAUCGAAAUCGUAGUUAUCCGAAGUUGUAUUCAGAUGAUGUUUUGCGUACCAGUGAUAAUUUACAAUCAAAAUUCAUUCUUUGGUACUAGUGGAGAAAGAUUGUUCCUUUGUAUAAGAGCUAUUGUGGGAACAGUUGCCAUGGGAAUGAGUUACUACUCUGUUCGUCUCAUUCCAUUGGCCGAUGUUUCCACUAUAGUACUUGGCAGUCCAGCAUUAAUAACUUUAUUUGCUUGUGUGUUCCUGAGAGAACCGUGUGGAAUAUUUCAAAUAUUCACAAUUAUUAUUACCUUAACAGGUGUAGUACUGAUAUCUAGACCAUCUUUUUUAUUUGGCAUUACUUCAAUAGACCAGGUUAGUUCAGCAGAUCGCCUCCAGGGGUCUCUAAUGGCAUUUUGUUCGUGUACUGCGCGAGCAUUGUCCUUUAUAACCAUGCGAAAAUUGCAAAAAACGCCAAUUCCUGUGGUGAUUUUCAUGUUUUCCUUUUCAUCUAUUACUUUUGGCCUGCUUUAUCUCUUCAUCACAGGUACACUUAGUGUUCCAUCCUGUGGACAGGAAGCUGUUCUACUAGUUCUCUGUGGACUCUGUGGAACAUUUGGACAGUUCUUAAUGACGACCGCACUAAGGUUCGAAGAAGCUGGACCCGUGUCUAUAGCGAGAACAGCUGAUGUCGUUUUGGCUUUUAUUUUUGGAGUAUCAUUUCUUGACCAAUAUCCGUCCUGGACUAGCAUCGUGGGGGCUUUCUUCGUUUGUUCCUCAUUCUUAUUGACAGCCAUAAAGAAAUGGAGGAACAGAAGUAAGCCAUCACAUACUUCUUCAAGUGAAAGAGAUCCACUCCAGGGCAAAAAUAAUAUAUUUUAUAACUCUCUUUUGUUUCGUAAAUCUAAGUAAAAACGUUCUACAGCUUAUGAACUUUGCAUCUUGCACAUUGAGAUAUAGUGAAUUUAUCUAUAGGAUGAAUGUAAUAUGUUUUAUUACGGUCUUUCUGCCUUUGAAUGCUUGAAUAAAAAAUUAAGCCUAAUUAAAUACAGCAUAACAAAGAAAUUUAUAAUAUUUAUAAGAAGAUACAGAAUGGAAUGAAGUUCGGUUUGAUUGUUCUUAAGCACAAUCUACACAAUGGAAGAUAUUUCUUCUACUUACCAUGGUUAUCUAAGCCCAAUUUAUAGCGUCGUAGAUUGCAGAAUUACCACUUCCACUGGAUUACAUGAGGUUAGGACUUGAUUAACUGAGAAAAUAUGAUUAUGUUUCCACUUUUUCAUUUAAUUAUUUUGGAUCAUUGAAAUAACCAAUGUUUAAAUUUCAGAGCACCUUCACACACUCGUAUAAGAUAACCUGAAAUACCAACAUUGAAAUAUGACUU